GUGAGUAUUCUAUCAAACUUCAACAUGAGAGAGAGGGCAAAGACCCUCCUACCGAGGCCGAGCUUGAGCUUGGAUAUGCCUUGCCUGAGAUCAAAUUGGUAGCUCUUGUUGUGAAUGGUACUCGGUAUUGAAAUAGAAUGGUGGCUUAGGAAACUGAUUCGACUGAGUUAUCGUCUCGAGAGCGCGAGAGCGGGAAAGGUAUUACGGUCGUUUCUUUGUUGCAAAAUGAGGGGCUGGGCCAAACUGUUGGAACUUUGUGAGGACCUAACUUGUUUUCAUGAGCAUUUUUCAUUCGCGGGUUUCUAUUUGCUUUGGGCUGUUUCUUGACGCUUGCAAGCCAGACGAUCUGAGGUCGCAUUCGAUGAUUAGUCUCUCAAUCUCGGCUGGCAAUAAAAAACAUAGAAUGUUCAUGUAU